AUGACAUGGACUCAAUUUAACAAGAUCUUCUACGAUAAAUACUUUCCUCAGUACUUCCGGGACCAAAAGGUUUCUAAAUUCCAACAACUCAAGCAAGGCAACGUGUUUAUAGCCGAGUAUGAGGCUAAAUUCACGGAAUUAGCUCGAUUUGCUCCUCAUAUAGUGGAUACGGACCAUAAGAAGGCUCGAAAAUUUAAGGGGGGAUUAGAUUUGGAUGUAUUUGAUCGAGUAGGCGUCCAGAAGUUGCCUACAUAUGUGGAAUUACUUGGUAGAGCAUUGAUGGUAGAAGUCAUUCUAGCAACAAAGAAACAAGUUAAAGCUCCAACAACUGAAUGGAAGGCAUGUGAUAUUGUGAUCGUUAAUGUGACGUUGCAUGUUGAUUUAUUGCCUUUGGAAAUUGACCAUUUUCACUGCAUAUUGGAUAUGGACUGGUUAACGAAGUACUGCGCAACUAUUGACUGUGUGAAUAAAUCUGUUGUAUUUCGUCCACUUGGAUUACCUAAGUUUGUGUUUACUAGGAUAAGUUCUACUGUAGAGAACAUCUCUGUAGUAAAUGAAUUUCCUAAUGUAUUUCCAAAUGAAUUGCCCAGAGAUCUAAUUAAUAGGAAAAUUAAGUUUACUAUUGAUGUUAUCUUGUAUCAUCCAAGAAAGGCAAAUACAGUAGCAGAUGCUUUGAGUCAAAAAUCCGUUGCCAAUUUUUCAUGUUUACUCACCAGUCAAAAAGAACUGUUAUAUGACUUGGAAAGAGAUGGAAUCGAAAUUGUGUUGCCUGAACAAGGUGGAGUCUUAGUUGCCACUUAUGCUCAGCCUACAAUCAUUGAAGAAAUUAGAGAGAAACAACUUGAAGACGAGUUCUUGAAGGAAAUUGUUGAUGCGAUUGACUCAAAACCGAGGCCGGGAUUUGUGCUUGACAAUAAUGUGUUGAAAUUUCAGAGUUGA